AUGAAUUGCUUCAUUGUCUCCGACAUUCAUCACUUAAACCAAAUACUACACACAUUGCAGUUGUCCUUCAUUUAUGUGAUCUCAGUACAAAGCUUUUGGCAGAGAUUAGAGAAUGGUUUCAAUGCUUUGGCUCAGAAUCGAGAUGACGGCCGAAGUUAUGUCAUAUGCAACGACUCAUUACGAGUGCUGUUAUGGUUGGCAUUGGGUAUAGAGAAGACAGUCAGUGAUAAUAAGGACGACGACGACGAGAUGACAUUUGAUGCGUUCAGAGAGUAUUUGGUAAAGAAUUAUAGGGAUUGUAUCGAAGAGAACGCUAGAGAAUUGCUAACCGAACCAAUCGUUGCGAGUGGUGUUCCGCACAAAAGUUAAUGUUAUCAUAGAAAUUAGUUUUUAAAUUCAUUAAGUUUGCUAAUUAUAUUACAUGACAGGACAGUGA